AUGGAAUCCUACUCUUCCCGCCCCAAAAAGACUGACAUUGUUCGCAAGCGAACAGGGUGUCAAAAUUGCAAAAAGAAAAGAAGAAAGUGCGACGAGACGCGCCCGGAAUGCCUUGCUUGCGUGAAGAAAGGAGUGAAGUGCAGCGGUUAUGAGCGCUCCGUGACCUUCAGAGACGUCACCACGCGGGCUGCCGAGUCUUCGCGGAAGUUCGAAGAGGCUAGAUGGGCCGCCCUACGUCUCGAGGAUGAGCGAAGAAAACAUCGCCGCCUCAGCUCAACUGGGGGGUCCUCCCCUGCCCCUCGGGAACCAUCAACGUUGAAGGAUGUCAUAGAACUACCGGCGAGAGAUGGUCCGUUGGCAGCUCCGGUUCCGGCACCUUUGCCCCCAUGGCACUCGACGAGCGCCGAGGACUGGCUCGCUGGGUCCUUCACGUUACCGUGGCCACUUUUCGACACUUCUAGUGCUUCCUCCACGGUGCAGGAUGCAUCUCAACAACAGCACGGAACGGCACAGUCGAAGAUCAACUCGGUUGAACUAGGACAACCUACACCGCUUGAAACCCCUGCUAGCCGCUUGAUGCCGACAAGAGGAGAACAAAACAGCUCGAUACCGACCGUAGAAGCUCCAAGCCCGGCCUUGACGACUGGCUGGGACGAGUUUCUCGUCACCGACGGCUCGUCUCCAGGGUCCUCCACAUCUACCUCAUCUCCUUUAGGCGAACCAACAAUAGACUGCCAGCUACCGAUACCUCUAGAAGAGGUCCUCAUCCAGCACUUCAAUAGAAACGUCCUCCCAUCAAUUCCAGUUGCCCUUUCCUUUCCGAACCUCUUCCGUCAGAGCAGCUGCUUUCGGUCGGCGGUACUAGCCCUCUCGGCCAGCAACAUCAAGCUGACGCAGCUUCUGCCCAUUGAUCCGCUUGUCCUCCGCCGAGUAUGUGACGACAGCAGCGUCUGGAUCUACUACGACACAGCCGUCAAGGGGCUCCAAGCCCAGCUUCAAAACGUGGAAACCCACCGCGGCGAAGAACUCGCGGGCGCCGCCUUAUUACUGGCAUACCACGAGCUGGAAGCCGGCACCGCUCUCGGAAUCAGGAACCACGCCACUGGCCUCGACGCCAUCGCUUCCAAGCUCGACUUUGCAGCGUCGUCUAUCCCCGACCUCUUCAAAGCUUGGCGAAUGCUUCGCUACGAUGUCCGAUUCAUGAUGACGCCGACGCGAUCGAGUUGCAACGCCGUAGAUAGUUACGAUGUGUCCAGCUUACUAGACCCGCAACUAACCAUUCGGGAUAUCCUGUCCAGGCUUCAUGGUCUUCAUGCACGGUAUGCAAUGGAAGCCUCAUUCAGCCAAGACACCACCGUCGAUGGCAGUAGCGCAUCAGAAAAGGUCGCCGUGUGGCUGAUAUCCGUCCUGGGCCGCGAAUGCGAUCGCCGCAACGUCCGUCUCAAGGACUUCCACAAGGAAAACCUUACAUCAGACACGAUAUUGCGGCAGUGUGAUGUCUUUUCUCACAGGCUGGAUAACUGGCACAAGGGGCUCUGCACCCAUGAUAUGCCGGUCGUCAAGCUCGGCACGGAUUCAGAUCUGAUUAGCGGCGCCACGUUUGAGACUUUCGUAACCUACCGUUUCGGUGACACACGAAAGGCUCUCGAGUACGUGAUUUAUCUCGUGUGCAGGAUGACGUGCAGUUACCUCCGCUCUCUAUUCGACCCGUCUGUCCAGUCUUCUGGCACGGAUGCCCUAGCCAAGGUCAUUCUUGGCAUCGUAUGCGGGAUGAACAUGCAGCAAAGACAGCAUUUUACUGUUCUUCGGGUGGAUGUCCUGCUCAGAAUGGCUGCGGGUUUGUCCGAAGACACCAACUUCAUCACCACCGUCCUUGACUACCUGCUUCCGAGGCUGAUUUCUUCGGGUCUCACGGGUCCUGACAUCGUUGCGUGGAUUUACUUGAAGUCGGCGUUAGAGCUCGAGCUCAGAGAGCGGAGAAAGGGCCGGGCAAUCAGAAUGACCAUCGAUGGAGUCGAGGAGGACUGUGAGAUGUGGCAACUGGUGAACAGAUAUCCCGUCGCUGCCUUUGGGGAUUACAAUGGGAAGGGGUACUUCAGGGAUUGCUACGUGAUUGAGUGUCUAGGCUGA